AGGGAGAUCCGAGCGGCGGGCGGGCGGGUGCGGCGCGGUCAGUGACCAUGGAAGACCUGGGGGAAAAUACCACUGUCCUGUCAACUCUGAGAUCUUUGAACAGCUUCAUUUCUCAGCGAGUGGAGGGAGGAUCUGGACUUGAGCCCCCCAGCUCUGCCCAAGGUUCCCUUCAGAUGCAGUACCAGCAGAGCAUGCAGCUGGAAGACCGAGCAGAGCAGAUCCGAUCCAAGUCACACCUCAUCCAAGUGGAGCGGGAGAAGAUGCAGAUGGAGCUGAGCCAUAAACGGGCCCGUGUAGAGUUGGAGCGGGCGGCCAGCACCAGUGCCAGGAGCUAUGAGCGUGAGGUUGACCGCAACCAGGAACUUCUGACACGUAUACGGCAGCUCCAAGAGCGGGAAACUGAGGUGGAAGAGAAGAUGAAGGAGCAGCUGGAGCGCAACAAGUUGUGUAAACAGAACCUGGAGGCUACCAGCAAGAAGCUACGGGAGAAAGAGGAUGGCCUGGCCGAAGCAAAUGAGACCAUCAGUGCACUUAAAGGUCGGCUCUCAGAAAUGCAGUGGAGUGUGAUGAACCAGGAGAUGCAGAUGAAGCGCUUGGAGUCAGAAAAGCAAGAGCUGAAGGAACAGCUGGACUUGCAGCACACAAAAUGGCAGGAAGCUAAUCAGAAGAUUCAAGAACUCCAGGCCAGCCAAGAUGUGAGGACAGACCAGGAGUUGAAGAUUAAGGACUUGGAGCAGAAGCUGACCCUGCAGGAACAAGAUGCUGCAAUAGUGAAGACCAUGAAGUCAGAGCUGGUGCGGCUGCCCAAGAUGGAGCGGGAGCUGAAGCAGCUGAGGGAGGAAAAUGCAUACCUGCGGGAGACACGAGAGACCAACGGACUACUUCGGGAGGAAGUAGAAGGGCUACAGCGGAGGCUGGGGCGACAGGAGAAGAUGCAGGAGAACCUGGUUGAUCUGGAGCUGGAAAAGGAGAGGCUGCUGGCAAAGCUGCAGAGCUGGGAACGACUGGACCAGACCAUGGGCUUGAAUAUCAGGACACCAGAAGACCUGUCCAGGUUCAUUGUUGAACUGCAGCAGCGAGAACUUUCCCUGAAGGACAAGAACAGCUCCAUCACAAGCAGUGCCCGGGAGCUCGAGAAGGCCCGGCAGCAGCUCCAAGACGAGGUCCGCCAGGUCAGCAGCCAGCUGCUGGAGGAGCGGAAGAAGCGGGAGACGCAGGAGGCGCUGGCGCGGAGGCUGCAGAAGCGAAUGCUGCUGCUGACGAAGGAGCGGGACGGCAUGCGUGCCAUCUUGGGGUCCUAUGACAGUGAGCUGACCGCGGCCGAGUACUCGCCGCAGCUGAUGCGGCGCAUGCGCGAGGCAGAGGACAUGGUGCAGAAGGUGCACGCACACAGCUCAGAGAUGGAGGCUCAGCUGUCACAGACACUGGAGGAACUGGGAAGCCACAAACAGAGAGCUGAUACGCUGGAGAUGGAACUGAAGAUGCUGAAGGCGCAGUCAGGCUGUGCAGAACAAGGCUUCCAGCUGUCCAAAGAGGAGACAACCUCACUCAGGAUGAAGAUUGAGGAACUAGAGGGCGAACGGAGUCGUCUGGAAGAAGAGAAGAAAGUUCUGGAAGCACAGCUCGAGAGGUUCACCCUGCAGGGUGACUAUGACCGGACAAGGACCAAGGUGCUGCACUUGAGCAUGAACCCUGCAAGCGCUGCGCAGCAGCAACUGGGCGAGGAGCGGGCACGGCUACAGGACGAGUGUGAGCGGCUGCGGGAGCUGGUGUGCAGCCUGCAGCGGGGCGGGACCCUGCCCCCUCAUCUGGAUGCCACUGCGGGGCUGCCCUCCACCAGGGAGGUGUCUGAGCUGAAGAAGCAGGUGGAAAGUGCCGAGCUAAAGAACCAGCGGCUGAAAGAGGUGUUCCAGAGCAAGAUCCAGGAGUUCCGUAAGGCCUGCUACACGCUCACGGGCUACCAGGUGGACGUGACCACCGAGAGCCAGUACCGACUAAGCUCCAUGUACGCCGAGCACCAGGCCGACUGCCUCAUCUUCAAGGCGGCGGGUCCUGCAGGGGCCAAGAUGCAGCUGCUGGAGACUGAGUUUUCCCGCACCGUGCCUGAGCUCAUCGAACUGCACCUGCUGCGCCAGGACAGCAUCCCGGCCUUCCUCAGCGCCCUCACACUUGAGCUCUUCAGCCGCCAGACCCUGGCCUAGUGCAGGCUAAGCCCCAAGACACAGAGCUCCCACCUUUCCUUCGAGGCCCCUUGUCUUGGAAUAAAGGUCUGGGCAGGUUGUGUAGCUCUGUGUCCUGUGCCAGCCAGCAGCGCUAAGGCUGGACAUGCAGGCCACAGACAGGGACAGGGGCAGAACAGGGGUGGGCAAAGGAGCAAGCAGGUAGAUGGUCAUGGCCAAGGGUUACCCCAUCCCCACCUUUCCUUCACCCUGUUACCCGAGACACCUACUGCAUGUGCUGUGAAGAUCCCUGGCGCCUCGUUCACAGGCAUCUCAACCCAGCCAGGACAGAGAGGUGCCAGCAUGGACUCUGACCCAUGUAGACCUACAAUGUGGCUCUUUGCCCAUCAACAGGUGGGGCACUGCCAAGCUGGACACAGGACUGGUAGAGGCACCCUAAGGGCUAGAGAGGCUCUGUGUGUCCAGAUCAAGGCCUGGAACUCAUGUCAGGCAGAUGCAGCCAGGAAGGCCAAGUGCCCAAUCUCAAGCCUCCUCUGUGGGCUCCAGUGCCCUACGCUGGCCCUUUGCCUUAGCUGUACCCAUGGUUGUGGCCCUCACCGACUUCACUGGCACCUUGAAGCUCUGCUUGCUGAGUAUUGGCUGGGCCCAGCAGCAACCCAAGGAGCAGGGAGGAUGCCCGAGUUCCCGAAUUCCCCAUGCCCAACCUGUCUGGGGUUCCUGCACCCUGCUCUCAAGUCACUGCAGUUCCUGCCACCCCCAGUGGCCACUGAGGGCUGCUGGACCUGCUCCCUCAUCACCUCUGGGCCCCGAGCCCCUGGCCUGCACCCCACACACUCCAGGCAGGUGAGGAGCAAAGGGCUGUCACCACCCUGGGACAGGGGGUUCUGGCCACCCCACCCUACCACCCAUUAGUGGGAGCCUGAUGCCAAGUGGCUCUUAAGCUGCUAAUGAUUCAUUUUAAGGGAUUAGUGCCGCAGCAGUGAACUCUAAUUGCCAGCAUGUGGCGGGGUUCCUUCCGGAGGGACAGCCUUCUGCAGGGGCCUGUGCCCCACCAUCCCCACCUCCCCACACACACCCCUCUGCCACAGGGCAGGGAGCUGUACCAAGCUGUACUAUGGCCCUGCCAUCUCCAACCAUGGCAGUCUGGAGGCUCCCGGAAUCUACCAGAACCAGAGCCCAUGUCUGACCCACCAUCCAGGCAGUCAGAGGACACAUUCUGGACACACCUCUGGACAUCCAUGACUCAGAGCUCUAGCCAUCCCAGAGUGACCCUGUAGGCCCUGGGACCAGACCACUGUGGAUCUCCCGCAUAGAGCAUGCCUGGUUCCUUCCUCUGUCUGGACUCAGCCACCCAAGUGUGUCC